AUGCAUUUUUGGAAAGCGAUUCCUCGUGUGCUUCUUCAACGCACAGCCUCAAAUUCUUUAGUUCGUUGUAUGCAACGACCUGCUUUCGUCCGUCCGGUUUGGAGAAGCUAUGCGACUACAAAGCCAGAUGAUAAUAUGUUUGGUGAGAACAUGGGAAUGGACGAUAAAAUGCAGAAAAUAGAAGAAAAAAUGAGCUCUGUUGUCCUCAACGACCCAGAACUUGUCGAAAAAAUUGAUCGUCUUCGUGUAUUCUGUGAGAAACAUGGUCUAAAGCCAGGAGUGCAACCUUCGCCUUUGGUGAUGCUCAAAUUGGCAAGAGACCCAGAAUUUAUUGAACUAUCACAGGCUAUUCGUGAAAUUUUUGAAAAGUCUGGUAUUCAAAAUGAUCCUGAGCUUUUAGAAUAUUUAAAGCGAAUUAAACUUGAUGAUAAGUAA